AGCACCAACACCUCUGUGCUGGGAGAUAAAGGGAAAUACAGUAAACUAUGUGCUGCGUUUCCACUGAGAGGCUCCACGAUCAUCAAUACCAGAAAUUAAGCAACUAGAAAUCAGCUGAAAGGCUAUCAUUAAGGGAACAGCCAUGCUUGGAGGCGUCCACACAGAUUUGUUGCUCAUAGUGACUUUACUUUUCCUCUCUCACACAGGGAUUCAGUGCAGAGCUGAACAUCAUUUUUCAUUGGUUCCUUUACCAGAGUGGAGGCCAAAUUCAGAAUAUGUUACACAGUGCUUCUACAGUCGACAGAACAAUCUGAUUUGUGACUGGACACGAAGCCAGCAGAGAAGAGGUGAUGUUGCAGUGAACGUAUUAGAGAGUGGUACACUGGGGCUGGAGGAAGAAGCCUGUCUAGAGUUUUGGUACCAGGUCCCAUUUGCAGCCAGUGGAUCUGAACUUCGAGUUCUCCUGAAAAGUAGCACUGGUCUGGUAGAAAUCUGGACCUCUCCUGCACUAAUAACAAAUUCAUGGACACAAGUGUUUGUCCCCCUGAAGAUCACCAAACCAGAGACUCAGGUUGUGCUUGAAGCCAAGUUUACAGGGGAACAAAUCGCAUUUAACCAGAUGGGUGUAAGAAGAGGCUUGUGUGGACCCCAGUGUGAAUCUAAUACAGAGUUAUGGACAGAUGAGUCCACCCUCUGCAUCUGUUCAGAGGGCCAACACUCCUGCUUCCCCUCUCAAUGCCCUGAGGGACAAAUCUGUGGUCCUCAAAGAAGAGGCUCCACUGGGAUUUCCACCACUGGGAUGUGCACUAUACACAGCCACACAGACUGCAGCACUUUUGAUGGCGUGCUAUUUCGCUUCAUGGCUCCCUGCACCUACACACUGGCCAAGACCUGCUCAUCCACUAAGGCCCUGCCGAUGUUCAGUGUGGAAGUAGUCAAUGAGCAGGAUGGGAACUCAUCUCUGCCAGCUAUCCAGCAGGUUAACGUGAACACAGAGAACUUCAGAGUUUCCUUCCUGAAAAGGCAGACACAACGGGUGGUGGUUAAUGGGUUGUCGAGGAAGCUUCCACUGAGCCUCAGCAACGGCAGUGUCAACAUCCAGAGUAACCCCGCUGCUGUUGUCCUGGUUACCAGUUUCGGGCUGUCUGUUUCAUACGACAAUGCUGGGGCUCUACAUGUUAUCCUACCAUCCUCAUAUUCUGGCGAAGUAUGCGGUUUGUGUGGCAACUUCAACCACUUUAAGGAAGAUGACCUCCGCAAGCCUGAUGGGACAACUGCCCAAAAUGCUACAGUUUUGGCUAAGAGCUGGCAGACUGGGCAAAUCACCUCCUCCUGUGAAACUAUUCUAGUGCCUCAUGAGUGUGACCCGCUGGAGAAGGCCGUGUAUGCUAGCAAGUUUUACUGUGGAGGCCUCAUCUCUAAUACUGGGCCCUUUGCUGACUGCCAGUCAGUUCUGGGAGCAGAGAGUUACUUCAGGGGCUGUGUGGUCAGUAUGUGUUCUGCCCAUGGUGACCCAGCAGUGCUAUGUGAGACAUUACAGGUCUACAGUAAUAUCUGCAAGGAGGCUGGAGUUGCUGUGCCCAUAUGGAGGAAUUCCACAUUCUGCCCCCUUCAGUGUGCUGAGAACAGCCAUUAUAACGUGUGUGCUGAUGGCUGUCCUGAGGUGUGCUCCAGUUUGGAUUUAACUAGCUCUUGUGGAAACUGUGAGGAAAGAUGUGAGUGUGACAACGGCUUCAAACUGAGUGGUGGGAAGUGUGUCCCAGCCAAGGACUGUGGGUGCUGGUAUAAUGGUAAACACUAUGAGAAAGGGUCAACAUUUGUGGAAGGACAGUGUGAGCAGCAGUGCCACUGUGUGGGUAAUAAUGACCUCACGUGCACCUCAAUGCAAUGUGCAAACAAUGAGGUUUGUAAGGUCAGGGACGGGGUGAAAGACUGCUUCCCUUUCAUGCCUACCACCUGCAGUGUGUAUGGUGAUCCACACUACAUCACUUUUGACAAGACGGCUUACGACUUUCAAGGGGGCUGCAGUUACACACUGACUACAACAUGUGGAGUCGAAAGCCCAGUCCAGUUUAGUGUAAUUGGGCACAACAUGCAUCCUCCACUUCAGAACUUUACCCUGUCCAAGUUGGAAGCUGCAACUCUGCAUAUGGAAGACUUUGACUUCACCUUAAACCAAAAUGGAGAAGUCUAUGUGAAUGACCAUCCUGUAAAACUCCCUUAUUCCACCAGUGAAACAUACGGAUCAGUAUGGGUCUACAUGCAUCAUUCAUAUAUUAUCUUGGAGACAUCCUUUGGCCUCAGAAUGAUGGUUGAUGGGCAGAAAAGACUCUUUCUCCAGGUGGAUGAAAGCUACAAGUAUGAACUGUGUGGACUGUGUGGCACCUUCUCUGGAUACCAGGACGAUGACUUUGUGACACCCGAAGGCCAACACGUUACAGAGCCAUUUGAUUUUGGCGACAGCUGGAGGGUGCAGAACAAUUAUGAAUGUACAGCCUAUCCAAAUGUCCCAAGGCACUGUGACUAUGAUGAAGAGAAUAAGGCUUACAAUGAUUGUAGUCCACUACUGGGGGAAGCCUUCCAGCUCUGCCAUGAGACCAUCCACCCAAACAUCUAUCUCAGUAGUUGUGUGUAUGACUAUUGUGCCACAAAUGGUGACCAACAAACCUUAUGUGAAUCCCUGAAGUCCUAUGCAGCAGCAUGCCAGGUUGCAGGAGUGGAGUUGCCCCCAUGGCAGGCAGACACAGCUUGUGACCUGUCUAAACCAACAACCCCUGCUCCAGCAAACAACUCAACCACUACAGCUAAACCACAACCACCAACUACAGCUAGACCAAAACCAACAACUUCAACGCAGCCCCAACCUCCAACCACUACAGCUGAGCCCCAACCUCCAACCACCACAACUACGCCACAACCUAUAGUGUGUAAUUUUGGCUGUAGCUUUGACAAUGAUCUUUGUAGCUGGAAUCAGAUGAUCACUGAUGCAUUUGACUGGACAUGGCACAGUGGUUCCACACCUACCCCGAUGACUGGACCAUCUGCUGACCACACUGGUGGUGGACACUACCUGUACAUAGAGGCCAGCAGUGUAACACAUGGAGAUACAGCACGUCUCAUCAGCUCCGAGUGUUUGAACACUGGUCCUCAGUGUCUGCAGUUCUGGUACCAUAUGUAUGGCUCAGCGGACACAAUGGGCCUCCACAUUUACCAGGUCCAGAACAGAAUAACUAAUUCCAUUUGGAGGAAAAGAAAUGAUCAGGGAAAUGCUUGGCACCUGGCCCAGGUGGACUUAACUCCAAGUGGAGCUUUCCAGAUAUUUUUUGAAGGAAGGAGAGGUUCCAAUGAUCAGUCUGAUGUGGCCAUAGAUGAUAUAUCACUUCAUCAUGGACACUGUGGAGACCUGACUAAACCAACAACCCCUGCCCCAGAGUUUCCUCCAGCGAACAGCUCAACCACUACAGCUAGACCACAACCUCCAACCACAGCGAGGCCCCAACCUCCAACCACUACAACUAAGCCCCAACCUCCAAUCACUACAGCUAGGCCCCAACCUCCAACCCACACAACUAGGCCCCAACAACCCAUAGUCUGUAAUUUUGGCUGUAGCUUUGACAAUGAUCUUUGUAGCUGGAAUCAGAUGAUCACUGAUGCAUUUGACUGGACCUGGCACAGUGGUUCCACACCUACCCCGAUAACUGGACCCUCUGCUGAUCACACUGGCGGUGGUCACUACCUGUACAUAGAGGCCAGCAGUGUAACACAUGGAGAUACAGCUCGUCUCAUCAGCUCUGAGUGUUUAAACAUUGGUCCUCAGUGUCUGCAGUUCUGGUAUCAUAUGUAUGGCUCAGCGGACACAAUGGGCCUCCACGUUUACCAGGUGCAGAACAGAAUAUCCAAUUCCAUUUGGUGGAAAAGAAAUGAUCAGGGAAAUGCUUGGCACCUGGCCCAGGUGGACUUAACUUCAAGUGGAGCCUUCCAGAUAUUUUUUGAAGGAAGGAGAGGUUCCAAUGAUCAGUCUGAUGUGGCCAUAGAUGAUAUAUCACUUUAUCAUGGACACUGUGAAGACCUGACUAGACCAACAACCCUUGCUCCAGCAAACAGCUCAACCACUACAGUUAGACCACAACCAUUAACAACUACAGCUAGACCACAACCACCAACAACUACAGCUAGACCACAACCACCAACAACUACAGCUAGACCAAAACCACCAACUUCAACACAGCCACAAACUCCAAGCAUGGCUCCAACUGAGUUGCAAUCAACAAGCUUAACACAAUCAUCAACCACUACAACUGAGCCCCAACCUCCAACAUCUACAGCUAGACCCCAACCAUCAACCACUACAGCAAGACCUCCAACCACCACAACUAGACCAAACCCAACAACCACAACACUGCCACAAACAUCAACCACAAUUCUUUCACAAACAAGCACACAAGAACCUUCAACCACUUCAUCUAGGCCCCAACCUUCAACCACAGAUAGACCACAACCCUCAACUACAUCAGCUAGGCCCCUACCUGUAACCACUACAGCUAGACCACAACCUACAAUCACUACAGUUCGACCAAAUCCAGCAACCUCAACACAGCCACAAACACCAAGCAUAGCUCCAUCUGAGUCACAAGCAACAAGCAUAACACAAUCUCCAACCACUACAGCUGGCCCACAACCUCCAACUACUACAUUUAGACCACGACCCACAACCACUACAGCUAGACCUUACCCACCAACCCCAACACUGCCACCAAUAUCAACCGCAGCUCCAUCUGAGUCUCAAACAACAACCAUUGUACAAUCACCAACCCCUACAAGUAGGCCACAACCUCCAACCACUGAUAGACCACAACCACCAACAUCUACAGGUAGGCCCCAACCAUCAACCACUACGGCAAGGCCCCAACCUCCAACCACCACAACUAGACCAAACCCACCAACCACAACACUGCCACAAACAUCAAUUACAAUUCCAUCUGAGUCACAAACAACAAUCAUACCUGAACAUUCAACCACUUCAUCUAGGCCCCAACCUCAGACCACAGAUAUAACACAAACCUCAACAACAUCAGAUAGGCCCCUACCUGUAACCACUACAGAUAGACCACAACCUCCAAUUACUACAGUUAGACCAAAUCCAGCAACCUCAACACAGCCACAAACACCAAGCAUAGCUCCAUCUGAAUCACAAGCAACAAGCAUAACACAAUUUCCAACCCCUACAGUUGGCCCACAACCUCCAACUACUACAUUUAGACCACGACCCACAACCACUACAGUUAGACCUAACCCACCAACCACAACACUGCCACCAAUAUCAACCACAUCUCCAUCUGAGUCACAAACAAUAAGCAUACCACAACCUUCAACCACUUCAUCUUGGCCUCAACCUCAGACCACAGAUAUAACACACACCUCAACUACAUCAGCUAGGCCCCUACCUGUAACCACUACAGCUAGACCACAACCUACAAUCACUACAGUUAGACCAAAUCCAGCAACCUCAACACAGCCACAAACACCAAGCAUAGCUCCAUCUGAAUCACAAGCAACAAGCAUAACACAAUUUCCAACCACUACAGUUGGCCCACAACCUCCAACUACUACAUUUAGACCACGACCCACAACCACUACAGCUAGACCUAACCCACCAACCACAACACAGCCCCCAACAUCAACCACAGCUCCAUCUGAGUCACAAACAAUAAGCAUACCACAAACUUCGACCACUUCACCUUGGCCCCAACCUCAGACCACAGAUAUAACACACAACAUCAGCUACAUCACAACUACAUCAGCUAGGCCCCAACCUCAAACCACAACACUGCCACAAGCAUCAACCACAGCUCCAUCUGAGUCACAAACAACAAGCAUACCACCACCUUCAACCACUUCAUCUAGGCCCCAACCUCCAACCACAGAUAGACCACAACCCUCAACUACAUCAGCUAGGCCCCUACCUGUAACCACUACAGCUAGACCACAACCUACAAUCACUACAGUUAGACCAAAUCCAGCAACCUCAACACAGCCACAAACACCAAGCAUAGCUCCAUCUGAAUCACAAGCAACAAGCAUAACACAAUUUCCAACCACUACAGUUGGCCCACAAACUCCAACUACUACAUUCAGACCUCGACCCACAACCAGUACAGCUAGACCUAACCCACCAACCACAACACUGCCACCAACAUCAACCGCAGCUCCAUCUGAGUCACAAACAAUAAGCAUACCACGACCUUCAACCACUUCAUCUUGGCCCCAACCUCAGACCACAGAUAUAACACACACUACAGUUGGACCAAAUCCAGCAACAACUACAGCAAGGCCCCAACCUCCAACCACUACAGCUAGACCACCACCUCCAACCACUACAGCUAAACCACAACCCCCAACCACUACAGCCAGACCAACACCCUCUUGCCCAGAGAACAGUCAUUACACCUCUUGUAUCCCGGCCUGCAGUCCAACCUGUUCAAACCUAAAUGGGCCCCCACACUGCAAUAACAGUAAUAGCUGUGAGCCAGGAUGUGUCUGCAAUGAUGGGUUUGUUCGGAAAUUGGGGCGUUGUGUGCCUAUUGAGGAGUGUGGCUGUGUGGACAGUAAUGGCAACAAACAUCAGUUCAAUGAAAUUUGGUAUGCUGAUCACUGCAGUCAAAAAUGUGAAUGUGAAAAAGACGACGGCCUGGGGAAGAUUGACUGUGAUGAUGAUGAGGAAUGCGAUAAAAAUGCUGUCUGCCUUCAAAAUGACAAGGGCGAAUACUACUGCAAGUCUACAGACUUCAGUGGGUGUACCAUAGAGCCAGACCCUGAGUACAGAACCUUUGAUAAAAUUAGGCAUGACUUUAAGGGCAAGCAUUCAUACGUUCUAGUCCGGACCAACAACUUGCCAAAUAACCUUCCAGAUGUCUACAUUGUAAGCAUCAAUACACACAGAGUAGACAACGAUGAUGACGACAAGCACGAUGAUGACAGUAGCAGUGAAGAAAACCACAGUCGCAGAGUGAGGGAUGAAGAUGAUGAUGAUGAUGAUGAUGAUGAUGAUGAUGAUGAUGACGACGACAGUGAAGAGAGUGAUGGACAUUACAGAUUAAAAGAGCUCAAGAUUGUCGUGUACAAUCACACUGUGGAGUUAAAGAAGAAUAGUAAAUUGGUUGUGGACGGAAAGAGAACUAAAAUGCCUGUAUCACCUACAGCUGGUCUAAACAUCCGACAGCAUUCCUCUCAAAUCUACCUAAAGACUGACUUUGGCCUCUCAGUGGAAUUUGAUGGACGCAACACAGCAGAGAUCACUCUACCACACAUAUAUAGAAGUAAAGUUGGAGGUCUGUGUGGUAACUUUGAUGGUCAGAAGUGGAAUGAAAAAAUGAAGCCAGAUGGCACCAGGGCGAAGACCGUUCAAGAGUUUGGAGAGAGUUGGAGAGUGUAAACAACAGGUUUAAAAAGGUUUAAAAACAAGUAGAAAUACGUAUUGUUUAGAUUGUAAAAUCUCCUUAUUGAUUGAGUCAGGAAUAGACAAAUUCCCCUUCUUUUAACAAUAAACCUGAGCAUCCCAAGAUGACUUGACAUAAACACCAGUGGCACUGAUGUCCAAUUUUCUUUGCCCCCAGUUUUUUCAGAAAAACCAGAUUUCGACUGCAUUUUUCAAGAAGAAUCUGCUGUCAAGCGUACAUCUGAAUGUUUUUAAUUUAAAAACCUUUGUUACCUUGCAGCCUGUGUCAGAUCAGAUAUUACAGUUUUUUUGUCACUGUCAAGCAUACUAUUUAUUCAAACGAGAUAACCUUACACCUAUGUAUAUUCUUUAUCUUAUACAGGUACAACACAGUGUUUAAUGAGAAUGCAUGUGUACACAAUGUGGAUUGGUUAUAAUUACCUGAAAAAGUCCAAAAAAGGGUUGAAAGUGCAAUAAAUAAUUACAAAGAA